AUGGCGGUGGAUGCAUGUCCUGAAGAAACCUCUUCUUGUUUGGAGAGAAUCAAGAAGACGAACAAGAAGAGGAAAAGGGAAGAAAACAAGAAACCGUCGUUUUCAUGGGAAUGUUCAACUGAGCUAAUGAUGUAUGACGAUCCAUGGAAGCUGAAGAAGGUGCUGAACAGCAGCGACGUGGGGGGCAUGAGUAGGCUGUUGCUUCCGAAGGAGAUGGCGGAGCCGCUGGUGGCAGCAGUGUUGGGGUACGACGAGAACCAGAAAGAAGGAAUGGAGGUCGAGAUAUGGGACGUUGACACACAGUCAAUGCACAGUCUUGUGUUCAAGAGAUGGGGUUCUUCUAGAAGCUAUGUCUUCAUGGCCAAUUGGAUUAAAGACUUUGUCAAAAGAAGGUCUCUCAAGUCCGGCCAUGAGGUUGCCUUCCACUGGAAUCCUUAUGCCAACCGCUUUCAUUUUUCUGUUCUCAAGGCUGCCACAGAGGAGGAUUUCUCAAACUGA